UAUUUAGUUUCAGCAGUUAAUCUGACAAUGUUCGUUGCUGAACCAGAUUUCUCUUGAAGUCAUUGUAAAAUUAAUAUCUACAUUUAGGAUGGUACAAUAUUUUAAGGUCAUGUUACAAGCGUAUCUGAGAGUUUUGCAAAACAUAUGGUGGCGCUGUGACGUUAUUAAAUUGCCAGUCGAGUCCGUGAACGUCAUGACAGUGACUCGCUGUCAUCACGUGAACUAACCACAGCUCCGUGGUGCUGAAACUCCGCUCCGAAAACGCGCUCGUCCUUUUAAAUUCUGGAAUAUCGUCUGGAUUAAAACGGUAUUAAUGUGCGUGGGGUCCAUUGUAAUUUUGGCAAUUUUCACUUUUAUGGGUAAAAUUCAUUUCAAAGACUGAAGUGCGGUAAACACAGAGAGCGAUCCGGUCCUUUGUAACAAUGGAGUCUGGCAGAAGGUACGUGCUGCUCGUCGUUCUUCUUUUUUCUUUCGUUCGUAACAUAUCGACCUCAGUGACUCAUUAUUCAAUACCAGAGGAAAUGAAAGAAGGAUCCGUUGUAGCAAACCUUGCUACUGAUCUCGGCCUGGAUGUGAAAACACUGAACGAGAGGAAGAUGCGUCUCGACAUCAUUGAAAAUAAGAAAUAUCUGGAUGUGAACAAAGAGACUGGAGAACUGUAUAUCGUCGAGAAAAUUGAUAGGGAAUAUAUUUGCCCUUCAAAGUCAUCAGCUUCCUGUUAUCUUAGACUGGAAGUAAUACUAGAAAAUCCAGUGAGAAUAUUUAACCUAGAAGUAGAAAUUCUAGAUAUGAACGACAACGCCCCAAAAUUUAGAAGAGACGUCAUACACUUAGACAUUUCUGAAGCGACGUCAAAAGGAGAGAGAUUCUCUCUCAGUAAUGCAGUUGAUCCUGAUGUUGGGAGCAAUUCAGUGAAAACAUAUCAUCUGAGUGGAAGUGAAGAUUUUAAUAUUGAAAUUCAGACAGGAAGAGAAGGGGCAAAAUUUGCUGAAUUAAUUUUACAGAAGACUUUAGAUCGGGAGCAGCAGGCUGUUCAUAAUCUAAUACUCACAGCUGUAGAUGGAGGAACACCUGCUCGUUCUGGUACUGCCAGUGUUAUUGUUCGUGUGUUGGACACAAAUGACAACGCUCCUGCAUUUGAUGAGUCCAAGUUAAAUGUUAAAAUAAUGGAAAAUUCUCCCAUAGGAAGUCUUGUUAUUCAUCUCAAUGCAACUGAUUUAGAUGAAGGGUCAAAUUCUGAUAUAAUUUACUCAUACAGUUUAUAUACAUCAGAGAAAACGCAACAAACAUUUAAUCUGAAUCCUUCCACUGGUGAAAUUACAGUAAAGGGAAUGUUAAACUAUGAGGACUUCAGGAUUUAUGAUAUGGAAGUUAUAGCAACUGACCAUGGAGACAAUAGUUUAUCAGGACAAUGCACCAUAAAGAUUCUGGUUGAAGACAUGAACGACAACCACCCAGAGAUAUCUAUUAAAUCAUUUCAGAGUCCAGUGAAUGAAAACAUAGAACUCAACUCAGUGAUAGCUGUAGUUAGUGUCAGUGAUAAAGACUCAGGUGACAAUGGAGUGGUGGAUCUUCACAUUCCAGAUAAUAUGCCUUUCAAACUGAGAGAAUCAUCUGAUAACUAUUAUGAAUUAGUGGUGUCAGAGCCGUUAGACCGUGAGAAGGUUCCAGAAUAUGGCGUCACCUUCACUGUUACAGACAGAGGUUCUCCUCCGUUAUCUGACAAUGAAACUAUGACGUUAGAGCUGCUGGAUGUUAAUGACAAUGUUCCACAGUUCCCUCAGUCAUUUUAUACCAUACGUGUCGUGGAGAAUAACGCACCUGGGGCCUUGCUCAGUUCACUGACGGCGUUUGACCCUGACCUCCAUGAAAACCAGUAUCUGGUUUAUUUCAUCCUAGAGAGGGAGAUAGCCAACACCUCCAUGUCCAUGCUGUUCUCCAUCAACCCAGAGAACGGGAAUCUUUACGCACUGAAAACUUUUGACUAUGAGAUCGAGAAGGAGUUUCUUUUCCACAUCGAGGCCAGAGACUCUGGCUCUCCUCCACUCAGCAGUAACGUGUCCGUCCACAUCAUUAUCGUGGACCAGAACGACAACGCUCCGGUUAUUGUGUCUCCGUGGCGCGCACACGGCUCGGUGGUGGAAGAGAAGAUCCCCAGAUCCACCGAUAAAGGAUCUCUGGUUGCCAAGGUGAUAGCUCUAGACACAGACUCGGUGCACAACUCUCGGAUUACCUACCAGUUUCUACAGGUGACUGACGCCACCUUGUUCAGUCUGGACCAGUACAACGGAGAGAUCCGGACUAUGAGGAUGUUCAGUUACAGAGAUCCGCGCCACCAGAGACUGGUUGUUGUUGCCAAGGACAACGGGGAGCCUGCUCUCUCUGCUACAGUCACCAUCAAGCUGUCCACAGUGGAGACUGCGGUGAAGGCCUACUCUGACAUGACUGAGGUGCCUCUAGAGUACGACAUCUUCUCAGACCUAAACCUGUACUUGGUGAUCGGUCUGGGCUCCGUGUCAUUCCUCCUGCUGAUCACCAUCUUAGUCACCAUCGUGCUCAAGUGUCAGAAACCCAAGCCCAGUAAAGCGGCUCCUCCCUGCAGGAACAGUGUGAUCAGUGAGAGGAACUCCACCAUCGCAGAUUCCACUCUGGUCUCCAACGAUGCCUACUGGUACAGUCUGUUUCUAGCAGAGACCAGGAAAGGAAAGAUGGUGGUCAGACAGCCUGUGCCAAAGGGCUCCAGAUACAUCGUGUCCAGUUUACCAAGAGGAACAGGACUGACAGACACUAGUGGGUCUGCGGCUUCUACUCUGCAGUAUCCUAAAUGAGGGAAGUCCACUCUGCAGUUGGAGGCAUCCACCAGCAGCAGCAGCAGCAGUUCCAAAUAAGGCCCCACACCUCCAGCUGCAUCCUGGAUCUACGCUGACGUGAAAGCUUCACAGAGGAAAGGAGAGGCCCCUGUCCACACCCAGCCAUGUCCAUCCUGCUCAGUCCAGUCCCGCACUACUCGUCCCACACAGUGUAUAUGUCCUGCUUUAACACCAGACAGACUAUGGUGGAUAAUCAACGACACAAGCUUCCCCCCUCUCUUUCUUUUAAGCACAUAAAAAGCCAAUCAAUAUUGCCCCUCUGUCCGUUCAAUAUGCAUGAGACUGCAGACUGCACGGCUUCAAUCACACGCCAAUACCGUCCGGAAGAUUUCAAGAGGAGAUAACCGCAGAGAAGCAGACUGUACGACAAAUUGCACCAGUGGUUAUUCAAAGAAGCCACAAGAAGGACUAAUAGAGCGGACUCGGGAAUGUCGAAAUGCCUUUAAGAGACUGUUUUCCCUCUCUAAAAAAGAAACAUUACAUUUUGAACCUGUGUGCUUUGUCUUGCUCCAUAACGGCAUUGAUGUAUUAUAUAUAUAUGUAUAUAUAUUUAAGUUAACUAAGAAGUGAAACAGCACAAUUAAAUAAAUGUAAGAAAAGCACCAACCUAAUAUUUUACAGUGUGAAACUAAAAGGAGUCAGUAUUUUAUAAAUGUGUUAGCUUCUAGUAGUUUUUUUUUUUGUACUUGACGUUGUGCUUUAUAUGUGAGCUAGGCCUUAAUAUAUGAAUGAGAGUGCUAAGAGAUUCAAAUUAAGUUUGCCAGUACAUCAAAUAGAUAAAAGUGAGGUAUUUUAGCCGUUAUGUAUCUGCAUUUCAGUUGUUUUUGCAUGGAGUGAUCAAAGUACUUUGAUAGGUAUAGAUAUUUUAUGAUAUUGAACAAUCCAUUGUCUGGAGUUAGGCAUCACGGUUUAGUCUUUUACUAAACAACAUGGAGGACCACAUUUUAUGGGACCACAACAUGAAAUACAACAGUUUAAUACAGAACCUUCUUUUUACGAAGUCCUAAGGUCGUCAGAGAGGGUCAGCCGAUCUGUAAUCUCAUCCCCUUUUCCUAGUUUAAAGACAAGAGGAGAGUGGCCAUCAGUGGUGGGAGAUUUUUAUGGAUUAAGACAGUUAAGUGUACUCAGUUUAAACUAAAGUGUACAGUGUGCGUGAAUAUUAUGUCCACUUGGACAUUGCUGGAGAAUAUGACUAGGUGAUUAAAACAAACACAAGCGGACACAGCGAGUCUUUGAAAAUGGUUUGAUUCAUGUCUCAUUACUGCUGUAUACAGAAAAACAAACAUGACCAUGUGCCAUCACAUUUUUCCUUUUUAAAAAAUCUGGAUGUUACUUUAUUUUAACAUCUUCUGACAUUGUGCAACAAGCUGAGCAUGAAGACUUACUGAAACAACAUAGUUGUGACUGAUUUCACUCAAUGAAAGCUGUGCUCAUUUGUAUUACUGACUACCUUAUGUGUUUGCAUAUGCAACACAGAGUGGGAUACAGACAUGACUGAAAUAUACAGUCGAUCAUAUGUCUGCAUCUAUACAUAUGUAUUUCCAUUUCAAUACCAAUACUGAACUUGAACAAAAACAGUUUAACACUUGUGCCAUCAUUUUUAUUGGACAACUCGUAUGUGAAACAGUAAAACAAUCAGAAACCACUUAGUCAAACUCUUAAGCACAGCUCACAUUGCAUUACUUGUAUAAAGUUGUUAUGUGUUACAGGCAAACAUACAUCAAGUGCUUUUGUACAGUGGUAUGUUAAUGGUGCGAUAUGUAGUGGAUUGUGAAAUGUGAGCUUAUUGUACACUAUGGUCCGGUCUGUAUGGUCUAAUAAAUACAAAGAGCAAAAUAGAAAAACAAA